ACGUGGCACUUGACACACACACACACACACACACACACACAGAGGCUGGGAGUUUCAUUGGGGAGUUAUCCGAUCGGAGCCAAUCCACUGGAGAAAAUGGCUAUAGUGAGCGAUGUGGGGCUGCAGGUAGGCAUGUAUUUUCAUAGAGCAGCAAGCGUCCACAAGGGCCUUGUCUUUCAGUAGCAUGUUACUAUCCUUGAUUGCAAGUCGGGCUUGACGUCUAGCGCACCGCCAAUCUGUGCCAAGGGGACUAGAAACAAAACAACAGCUCCUUCGUGGCGAGCUCGAGAGCCGGGAAAGGUCGCCCCGGCAAAAAGAAAAUUUACCAAGGGACACCUACAGCGACAGACAACGCUUUAGUUUACGGUAAACCAUAUCAGACCAUGAUAUGCGCUUGGCUGGGCUCUUCGCUAAUCCGAAAGGCGCCAUUACAAUUUACCCACACCGUGGCAAGGAGUUGGAUAAAACAAGUGGAGUUGCAGGCAGGCAGGCAGGCAGGCCGGGAUGGAUUAUUAAGUCGGCAGCAGCGCGCGGUCGUCAUGGCUUUUUCCGGCAUUUGUUUUUGAGGUGGUGGCCGUCAUAACAAGCAAGCCUCGUCGACGCCUGGCUAGUUGGUACUGGGGUCCAAGCCCAAAGCUAUCGGGUCAAAAGCGCUUCCUUCGGCACAGCAAAGUAGAGAGGUGUAGGUGGCUCACAGCUGGGCAGCUUAGAAUUUGGCCGGGUUCCAACGAUCCAAUCCACAACGAUCUUUGGAUGGAGGGCACGGGUUUUGACUUGGCUUACACGCCUUGGAAAAACAAAGGACGUGGUGACAAGAGCAGCAGGCAGAGUGAUUCGGCGGGACUGGCAGUAUCUGGAGAGACUAAAAAAGACUUAACAAAGUGGUGUUAGCAUAGCGGCAACAACAACAAACACGACGGCUACUAUUUUGGAGCCCGGGGGGCCGUCGGGUACGUACGCAGGAGGCGCAAAAAAAAAAAAAAGGCUUUUUCUCCACUAGAUUCUGGACCAGAUCCAAUGCAGGCCUUGUUGCUGCCCCGCGCUCGCAGCGUCCGGUUGAGAUAAAAGACGGGGAUGGGCGCGGCAGCAGGCUGGACUCUCCAUGCUCCGCAAUGCUGCCAAGUGAAGCUCCAGAGGGAGAGGGGGGCUUAAAGGGACGGGAGGAGGCUUCCUUUCCGCCCGAUACGGACAAGAAAGGCCAGCACAGGGCCAAUGGCGGCAUGUUUGUCGUUGGCGUGGGUUCCACUCUUGAAGGUCCCUUUUGGUUUGCUCAGCGUUUGUUGCGCGCUUCAAGGGUGGCCACAGGCGGUAGUAGUAGUAGCAGCAGCAGCCACAGCGGCAGCAGCAGGAAGAGGCGCUGCUUCCAGCGCUUGGUAGCGUUUCUCUCUCUGCAGAUAAGCACGGACAGGGAUAGACGGCAUUGAAAGCUAGCUCAGGAGACGACGUGUGUACUUCGGCAGCAGGGAAGGUGGGGGACGGAACGAUGAUGUAAUGGAUUGAUAGCGCGGGAUACGGCAGUAUACGACGGAUUACUAAUACCCCUCCCUCCAGGAAUUGGCUGCCACAACACGUUUCUUGCUCUUGGAACCAGUCUCCUUUUCGGGGAGAGAGAGAAUCCGGGAAGACGGCCUAAAGUUUUGUUUUUGCGGGGAUCUGACCAACGAAAUUCGGCUCGGCGACGCGGGCACAGUGCGGGAGAGGAGGGCCUCCUCAGCGCCAAAUCUAGGAUUUGUCGGCAUCUAUCGACUCUAUCCGCGUCUUUUCUGUUUUUAUUUCCCUUUCUCUUUUUUGACGUGAUUCGAUGAAAUAGCAUCGAACGCCAAGAGCUCCACAAUUCCUACAUUUAGAAGGCGAUCCACAGAGGGCCGGAAUUCCGAGCGCUCGGGCAUUCAUGCUGCUUCAAAGCGAGCAUAUGGAACCGGAGGAGGAUAGCAGCGCCGAGGAAUUGCAGCUCAAAGAAUCCAAGGAAGUUGUGCCGCUCAACACCUGGGUCCUCAUCUCCAACCUCAAGCUAGCUUACAACCUCACCCGCAAUUCCGACGGCUCCUUCAACCGCAACCUGGACGAAUUCCUCGACCGCAAAGUCCCCGUGAGCAGCGUGGAGCGCGAAGACGACCCCGUGACUUUCAUGGACGUGACCAUCGACCGCACCAGCGGCAUCUGGUCGCGAAUUUUUAUCCCCCGCGCCAGCCACAACAACAACGCAAGCUCGACGACGCACGGUACGCCAAUUUUCUUCUAUUUCCACGGCGGCAGCUUCGUGCACAUGUCCGCUAACAGUGCAGUCUACCACACGGUAUGCCAGCAGCUGGCCCGGCUGUGCCAGGCGGUAGUCAUCUCGGUUAACUACCGGCGAGCUCCCGAGCACAAGUACCCGGCCGCCUACAACGACUGCUACGCAGCGCUCACCUGGCUCAAAGUCCAAGUUUUGCGCGGCGUAGCGCAUGCCUGGCUUCCACGGACUGCCGAUCUCGGGCGGUGCUUUUUGGUCGGGGACAGCAACGGUGGAAACAUUGUCCACCAUGUCGGAGUCCGAGCAGCGGAGUCGGGGGCGGAGCUCGGCCCGUUACGUGUGGCCGGACACAUUCUGAUUAUACCAAUGUUUGGUGGGAACCGGAGGACGCAGUCGGAGCUGAGAUUCGACGGGCAGUACUUUGUGACGAUCAAGGACAGGGAUUUCUACUGGCAGUCCUUUCUUCCGGCCGGGGCGGACAGGGAUCAUCCGGCGUGCAACAUAUUCGGGCCGAGCUCGCGCAGCCUCGAGGGCGUGGUGCUGCCACCUUCGCUGGUGGCGGUGGCGGGGCUGGAUAUGAUCAAGGACUGGCAGCUCCAGUACGUGGAGGGGAUGAGAAACGCCGGCAAGGACGUGGAGCUCUUGUUCUUGGAGGAGGCGACGGUGGGAUUUUUCAUCUUUCCAAACACUGGACACUUUCACAGGCUGAUGGACAAGAUCACGGCGUUUAUCGACCGCGAUGGGGACCAGCAUCUAACACGAAGAACAGGAAUAACUCGCAGGACAACAACGUAGGAUAAGACCACUCUCGGCAAGAAGGAUGGCGAUGGAUCUCUUUCUUCCGGGCACUUUCAUAGCAUCAACACCAACACCAACACAAAAACACCAACAACAGCAACAGGAGGAGAAAAGGAGAGAACAGUUUGGUUUUUUCUUCUUUUUUCUUCUCGCAUUUGAUUGACAGACACACUUGUAUUCUUUUGUGAAGAAGCGAAAGAGAGAGCUCUCUCAAGAUUGUUACUUACAACGGAACGAGAGCGAUAGAGUUUCCUUUAAGCAUGUAUAAUACAUACUCUCUUGUCUUUCA